GUCACUGCCAGUGGCCCCAAGGAGAAGUCCACGCAUCUGUUGAUAAGCACUGCUCUGCGUACUGGGGUCCCGAAUGCUUCCAGCCGCUUGCAGAAGCAGCAAAGUGUCCGUCCGAGUUUUGAGGUAGUAGGAAGAAAAGUUUUGCCAAGAGGCUUGCUGAUUUUAAUCUUUAGAUGCUGGCUGUCAGGAUUUGUCAGUGCCUUGCGUACCUCUGGAUUCCUAUUCAAGCACAGCCUUGGAAUCUAGCAGGAAACUGAUUUUUUUCCGGUUGGUGCAGUGACAGAAACCCGGUAAAGAGGGAUUGUGGCUGGGUCUCUCGUGAGGAUUAAGCACCCCUUCUGCUAGCCUGGAACGCCUCCUGUGUUGCAGACUCGGCCUUCAGGUCCAGGGAUUUCCUCUAAUAUGUUGGAUAAAGCCAAGACACUCCAGCCUGCCUAUGUCGGGAUUGUGCCGCUUGCAGAGACUGUGGCAAAGCAAGGCAAGAGCUGUUCAAGCACAUAUCAGGAUUCAUACCACAGCUUGCGAGAAGUGCUGCAGUUGAAGCUCCAGCAGCGACGCACACGGGAGGAGCUGGUGAGCCAAGGGAUCAUGCCGCCUCUGAAAAGUCCAGCUGCAUUUCAUGAACAAAGAAGGAGUUUGGAGCGGGCCAGGACAGAGGACUAUCUGAAACGGAAAAUCCGGUCCAGGCCAGAGAGAUCAGAGCUGGUUAGGAUGCACAUUCUGGAAGAGACCUCGGCCGAACCCUCCUUGCAGGCUAAGCAGCUGAAGCUAAAGAGAGCCAGACUGGCAGAUGACCUCAAUGAGAAGAUAGCGCAGAGGCCAGGUCCCAUGGAGCUGGUGGAGAAGAACAUCUUGCCUGUGGAAUCCAGCCUGAAGGAAGCCAUUAUAGUUGGACAGGUGAACUACCCAAAGGUUGCAGACAACUCCUCCUUUGAUGAAGACAGCAGUGAUGCCCUCUCCCCCGAACAGCCAGCCAGCCAUGAGUCCCAGGGGUCUGUCCCAUCGCCGAUGGACUCCCGGAUUUGUGAGCCUCUCCCUAGCACCACCGGCACAUCACUAGCUCAGGGUACAUCCCAGUUGCAGAUCAGUGCAGACUCCAGUGAAACACUUUUCCUACCUGAACAGCCCCCCCCGCCUCUGCCACCUCCUCCUCUCCUGCCCCCCAGUCUUACCAAUGGAGCGGCUCUUCCUGCUGCCAAGCCCCCUCCGACGCUCAUUAAGCAAAGCCAGCCCAAGUCUACCAGUGAGAAGUCUCAGCGCAGUAAGAAAGCCAAGGAGUUGAAGCCGAAAGUCAAGAAGCUUAAAUAUCAUCAGUAUAUCCCCCCGGACCAAAAGCAGGACAAGGGAGCUCCUCCCAUGGAUUCCUCCUAUGCCAAAAUACUGCAGCAGCAGCAACUCUUUCUCCAGCUUCAGAUCCUCAACCAGCAGCAGCAGCAGCACUACAACUACCAGACCAUCCUGCCAGCUCCACCAAAGCCUCCAGGAGAGCAGCAGAGUGGUGCCAGUGCCCCUGCCGUACGCAAUCUCUCAGCCACAGUCAGUAGCACCUCUUCGGUAUCCUCCGGUUCCAGCGGGCUGAUGCGACAGAACAGUAAUGCUGCAGUGGGCAAGCCAGGCCCUCUCCCUGCCAACCUAGAUGAGAUGAAGGUGGCAGAGCUGAAGCAGGAGUUGAAGCUGAGGGCCUUGCCUGUCUCGGGCACGAAGACGGACCUGAUCGAGCGUCUCAGAGCCUACCAAGAGCAGAACGGUGCGGCCGGCCAAACCACCCCCACUCCCAAGCCCAGCACUGCAGCCAUUCUCCCCAAAGCUGCCGAAGUGGUGGUGGCCUUCCCGGCAGCCAGGCUGAGCACGGGGCCAGCCCUGGUCACCACGGGCAUUGCACCAGCAGAAGUGGUCGUGGCCACAGUCACCGGUGGCAGCGUGAUGAAGUUCGGCAGCACGGGCUCGACUCCUCCCGUUUCUCCCACUCCUUCUGAGCGCUCGCAGAUGAGCACGGGGGACGAGAACUCAGCCACCGGAGACACCUUUGGAGAGAUGGUGACCUCACCCCUGACCCAGCUCACCCUGCAGGCGUCUCCAGUGCAGUUUCUGGUGAAGGAAGAAAGCUCCAAGCCUUCCUCCUGCAGUGUAAACGCGGCACCCAGGUCCGAGCGGUGCAGCACCAGUAACAGCAGAGAUGCAGAAGUCAGGGACAAGGACCAGAUGCUGCAGGAGAAGGACAAACAGAUUGAGGAACUCACCCGCAUGCUGAAGCAGAAGCAGCAGCUGGUUGAGAUGCUCAGACUACAGCUGGAGCAGGAGAAGCGCUCUCAGCAGUCACUACCAGCCCCAGCGGCUGCGGGAGAAAGAGCAGCCCUCGCCUCCAACCCAGCAGCGUUCGGCAUCCAGGUGAAGAGCGAGAACGGUUUCCUGAGCUGCCAGUCCGCAAAGCAAUCCAGUGGCCAAACCGACCAAUUCAGCCCCGCACCAGCCGCUAGCCAAAUGGACACUUCGAAUCCAAGCCCAGUGCCAAAGAAAGCCGUGAUGGUGAAGCAGGAGGUGCCAGCCGCGGAAGCAGAGCCGCCGUGCCAGUCCCACAGCCCGCGGCUCUUCCUCGGCCAGCAAGGGAGCGCCCUGAGCGACCUGAUCAAGGGCAGCCCGCCCCCCACCCUCAUCACCGACUCCACCGGGACCCACAUCGUGCUCACCGUGACCAAGCAGAGCGCCGAGAGGCAGGGCCUCUCGCCCCACGGGAAGGCAGGGAGUAGCUGCCCGGCCUUGCAGAGAGUACAAUCAUCGCCCGCUAAAACUUCCAGCCAGCCGCAGUGUCAGCUACCUGCAAGCACUCCUCAGCAGCCCCCGCAGCAGAAGCAGCAGCAGCCCCCGCAGCAGCAGAAGCAGCAGCAGCAGCCCCGAGGACUAAGCCAACCUGUCAGAAAGGGUCAGAAGCCAGGCCUGCAGGUGGUCACAGGGCAGCAGCCCCACACCAUAUUGUCUUUCUCAGCACCUCCAAACCUGCAGCCCUUCUUCCUCAACGGUUUCCACAAAGGGUCCCUGAAAACUGGUGCGGGCAAGGCCGGCCAACCCAGUGUGCCAAAAAAGCCCUCAUCCCAGCCUGGCUCUCCUGCUGCCCCCUCCCCAUCCCGCAUGGACCUGGAGCAGCAGCAGCAGCAGCAGCAGCAGCACACGUCGCUUUUUGGAACUCCUCCACCUCCUCUCCCUGUUUCCUCGGUCCCGAUGAAAGAGCCACCAGGCUAUGAAGAGGCCAUGAAGCAACAGCCAAAGGCCCAGGAGAACGGCUGCUCCAGCCAGCAGAUGGAUGACCUGUUCGAUAUCCUCAUAGAGAGUGGAGAGAUUUCUGCUGACUUCAAGGAGCAGUCGUCCCCAGCUGGAAAAGACCCACCCGCGGCCCCCGCCUGCUCCUCGCCGCCCAGCAGCCACCAUUCCUCGGAGCUGCCGGUGCCGGGCUCCCUGGGGCAGCCGGUGCCCGUGGGCCGGCUGGAGGACUUCCUGGAGAGCAGCACCGGCCUCCCGCUGCUGACGGCAGGCCACGACGGGCCGGAGCCCCUGUCCCUGAUCGACGACCUCCACAGUGAGAUGCUGAGCAGCUCGGCCAUCCUGGACCACCCGCCUUCACCUAUGGACACCUCGGAAUUGCACUUUGCUCAUGAGCCGGCCGGGGGCAUAGCCCUGGAUCUGGCUGAGGCUAACUUGGACAGCAUGGACUGGCUGGAGCUGCCGGGGGGGUCCGUCAUGAGCCUGGCUCCCCUCAGCAGCGCGGCUCCCAGCCUCUUUUCCACAGACUUCCUUGAUGGACAUGAUCUGCAGCUGCACUGGGAUUCGUGCUUGUAACUCUGUGAGCAGAGACUGAAGGGAACGGGUGUGGGAGGGCACGGGCAUGCAGGGGGAAGAGGCCAGUCAACCAAAAAAAAAAAACCCACAAAAAAAAACACAACAAAAAA